AUGUCGUCCGCAGUAGCAGAACUGGACAACUAUCUCCAGUCCAUGCUGGCUCUCAAGGCCCCGGGUGUCUCAGGCUCUAAGAUCAACAGCAUAACGUCGUUAUGCACGGCAAAUGUCCAGCAAGCUAACUUGUUCCCCCCAACCGCGCAGAACGAAUCCGUCCUUAUCCAAAAAAUCUACACACAUUUCAAGAAAGCACCAGGCACACACAAGUUGGGCGUACUCUAUGUCGUAGAUUCAGUAACUCGACAAUGGGUAGAUGCAGCACGCAAAGCAGGGCAGCCCGCUGGUAGUGCUGCUCCUGAUGGAACCUUUGCCGCUGGCGUUAACCGAGUGACCGAGCUGUUACCUGUCUUGAUGUCUGAUAUCAUAAACAACGCGCCAGAAGAUCAAAAGGAAAAAAUCAAAAAGCUGGUCGACAUCUGGGAGCGCGGAUACACUUUUCCCGCCUCAAUGCUUGCGUCUUUCAAACAGAAAUUGAACGCGCCUGCGUCCAACAAUGUUGAAUCGACCACUCCAGAAGGCUCUCCAGGCCCAAACCACGCCCUGUUUGGAGGCGCGCAGCAGCAACCACCAGUAGCAGCUAAUGGUGCAGCUUCUAUCACCUCCGCUCAACCAGCGCCAGAUACCUCAAGUAUCCUGAAAGCCUUGGCGGAUAUGGCCAAACAGAACACCGCAGCCCCGGCCGCUCAAGCUGCUGCUGCUCCUGUCAACCCUCUCAGCGCAUUGAGCCAUCAGGGUACAAUUCCACAGCCCGCCUCUUCAUCUAUAGACCAAACUCUACAGCCCCAAGCUAACCCAGCUGGCGUAAACCCAUAUGGAGCCGUGGCAAAUCCAUUCGCUGCUCUAGGUGGCUUGGCUCAAAGCCCAGCGUUGGUGCAGCCGCAAAGUCAAAGCCAUACCCCGACGCCAUUAGCAACAGCUCAGAACCCUCUAGCUGCUCUCCUACCGCAGGCGACUGCACCGCCAGCGCAGCCGCCCACCAUGACGCCUGAUGGACUACAGCAACAGCUCCAACUUCUGCAAAUGUUGGCUGCACAAGGCAUCCCCCAGGAUCAGUGGGCUACGGCUUUACAGAUCCUCACUCUUUCUAACCCCGGCGCCAUGCCCAAUCUCAAUCCUAGUCAAACCCCUGGAUUCAAUCUCACUGGUCAGAACACCAACACUUGGGGUGGUCAUGCUGACUCACAGCCACGUGAUUUCGGAGACCGCGAGCGUGACCGUGACUACAUGCGCUCUCCCCCUGGUGGAUAUCGCCGUCGCUCACGUUCUCCCGGCUGGGACAGGCGCCGCGAUGUGUCCCCGCCACGCCGACGUGAUAGUCCUGUCUAUGGAGAGUACCACGGUGAUUCUCCUGGUCGUCGUGGUGCCGAUCCACGAGGCCGACGAGGCAACGACUACCGUCAACGCAGCCCUGUUGGACGGAGGCGCCGUUCUCCUUCUCCUCAACGCAAGGAUCCGACACUUCCUCCACCGGGGCCCAAGUUUAUUGAGUGGGACUACUCCGUCGGCCAAGGAAAUAUCAAAGUUCUCAGUCGUACCCUCUUCGUUGGUGGUGUAACUUCCUCUGAAGCCCAUCUACGUUCCCUUUUCUCAAAGUUUGGUAUUGUCCAAACAUGCAUUGUGAAUGUCGACAAACGCCAUGCCUUCAUCAAAAUGAUUAGUCGCCAAGACGCCAUCAAUGCUCGCGAAGGUAUGGAGUCAUAUAAGACUGGAGAUAUGCAGCUUAGAACACGCUGGGGUGUUGGUUUUGGACCCCGUGAUUGCAGUGAUUAUCAGACAGGAAUCAGCAUCAUUCCCAUUGAGAGGCUCACGGAGGCGGAUCGGAAAUGGAUGCUCACCGCGGAGUACGGUGGUACUGGAGGAAGGCCCAUUGAAUCGGGUAUGAUCGUCGAAGAGCCAGAUAUUGAGAUUGGUGCUGGUGUUUCAUCAAAAGCCAUCAGUAGACGGAUUGCUACCGACACUGGAGGCAAACGUGGCCCUGUUUCGACACGCGUCCAGCAUGACCGCCCUCCCCGUCGUGAACGUGACGGUCCCCCAAUGGGCGACAUGUCGAACGCCAACAAUGUCGGUGUUCCUCCAGCUGUACCCGGUUUUGGCUUCUCCUUCCCGGGCAUGCCCCUGUUCCCUCCUGGUUUCAUGAUGGGGGGUGCGCAGCCCGGUAACCCAUCGCAGCCGCCUCCUCCUGGCCAAUGA